AUGGCCCUGGGGGUGGAGCCUCCAGAACUGCACACCAUGUUGGAGACGUCUUUGGAGAAGGCCCUGACCACUAUGGUCACCACUUUCCAUAAAUAUUCAGGGAGAGAGGGCAGCAAACUGACUCUGAGUAGGAAGGAGCUGAAGGAACUGAUCGAGAAAGACCUGUGUCUUGGUGAGAUGAAGGAGAGCAGCAUCGAUGACCUGAUGAAGAGCUUGGACAAGAACAGCGACCAGGAGAUCGACCUCAAGGAGUACUCGGGGACUUCCCUGUACUCGGUGUUCCCGACCAUGCUGUGCGUGGCCUACAACGACGUCUUCCUGGCGGGCAACCAGUGA